ACCAGCCACAGCUGGCCGAAUUCAGAAUUGUUAACUACAAGACACUAGCCAAAGUCUGACUCCUGUCUGUCUUUUUUUCUUUUCUUUUCCUUUUUUUGGGGGGUGGGAGGGUAGGCAAUGAGCAAGGACAAGCAGAAAACCAGUCCUCUGUCCCCAUACAAAGGCCAGAAACCUCCCAAGAUGCCCAAGUGUUCCCGUUGCAGGAACCAUGGCUACAUGUCUCCACUUAAGGGACACAAACGCUUCUGUAACUGGAGGGACUGUCAGUGUCCAAAAUGCAAACUGACUGCAGAGAGACAGCGGGUCAUGGCGGCGCAGGUCGCCUUGCGGCGGCAGCAGGCUUCAGAGGAGGAACUUGGGAUUUGUAUUCCAGUACCUCUUUCCAGCUCAGAUGUGAUGGUGAAGAAUGAAUCGGGUACAGACUGCUUGUACUCUGUGGAGGGGGAAUCCCCCACACCUACCAGUACCACCACACCAUCACUUGGAGUCACAGGGGGUCGCUCAGCGUUGUCCUCCAGUCCGUCCCCUGGUGCCAGAGCUCACAUUGAUGGCAUGUCUGACCUGCGGUUGGAACCUUCCUACUGCAACUUCUACCAGCCUUCUCUCUACUCCACCUACUAUGGAAACCCCUAUAACUAUCAGCAAUACCAGCAGAUGCCUCAUGGUGAUGGUCGCCUGUCUACCCACAGCAUGUCAUCUCAGUUUCGAAUGCAUUCAUACUACCCACCACCCACCUACCUGGCUCAAGGCUUGAGCUCAACUUCCUUCAGCAGCAGCAACAACAACAACAACAACAACAACAACAGCUUCUGCUCUGAGACUGUGGCAGCCUCCUUCUCCCCCAGCAGCCUCACUGCUGCCCACGACUCCACCAUGGGCUGUCACUCCAUCAACUCCUUGGUUAACUGCGAUGUCAAGGCUGAGUGUGAGGCCGGCAGCGAGUCGACAAACUCCUCCGUCGCGUCCAUCGUCGCAGGUCACAGUGCCAAAUGAAGGCGCAAAGGUCAACAAGACAAUAUAAACCAAAAACCAAU